AUGCUGCCUGAUAUUAGGGAUGCAACGAUCACCAACAGAAGCAGCAGCAGCAGUGGCAGCAGCAGCAGCAGCAGCAGCAGUGGCAGCAGCAGCAGCAGCCAGGGGAGCGCGAGCAAUAGGGCCGGCGACAGCAGCCGCAGCGGCGGUGCCGCCGCUGCCGCCGCCGCCGCCCCCUGCGUGAUCCUGGCGCACGGCUACAUGAGCGGCCGCAACAGCGAGCUCCUGGUGCGCCUGGCAACCGCGCUGGCCAGGGAGGGCCUGUCAUCACUGCGGUUUGACUUUUCGGGCAGCGGCGACUCCGAGGGGCGCUUCCGAUACGGCGGCUACCG